AUGACCGCCGAGGCCUGGUGGAGAGAAUUGGUUUACUCAACGUAUACAUUGUCAGGCGUAGAACCAAAAGAACUCGAUAAGAAUUAUGAUCAACUUUUCACUUCAGUCUACAAUAGAUUUAAUGCAGGCGACGCUUAUACAAUUUUCCCUGACGUCUUACCGACUCUAGAAGAACUAAAAAAUCAAGGAUUUAGAAUGGGUGUGAUCAGUAAUGCAGAUGAAAGGUUAGCAACAAUUAUUGAUAAUUUGGAAUUAGGGAAGUAUUUUGACUUUGUGUUGGCAAGCGCAGAUGUGGGUGUAGUAAAGCCUAAUAAGGCGAUAUAUGAUAAAGCACUUAAAGCUGCAGGUAGAGAGGUGAAACCGCAAGAAGCUUUACAUGUGGGUGAUGAUGUAGAAACGUAA